GUUUUCCAUACAGUAGUCACAGAGGUGAGAUUAGCACUAUUAGGCAGAGGUGCCGUCCCACUUCCAAGACACACCACACCGUCUUCUCAGUGCCGGACAUACUCUCCCUUUCAGCUGGUGCUGCUGCUGCUGCUGUUGUUGUCUGCUGAAGAUGGGUGGUGGAGAUAUAAAGAUCCCUGACUGGCAGAUAUAUAAAGUGAAAGAUGCACCAGAGCUGAUGCAGGUGGAGCGUGCCCUGGCCUCUCAUGGUCUGCGAGAUCCAUGGCUAAGGAAUGAAGUGUGGCGAUAUAACAGGAAGGAGUUUGGCACUCAUGGAGAGAGGCUGAGGCUUGUGUUCCGAGGCUUCAAGUGGGGUCUGCUGGCAGCAGUUGGCACAGUUCUUGUGGAGAAAGUCUUUUUCAGCUCUGAUGAUCACCACCAUCACUAACUUUCACCACUCAUGCAGAUAUCUGUCAGUCUUGUAGAAUAGUUAUAUUCACACUGAUUAAUAAUGUAUAUAAUUUUUUGGAAAUAAAGUUUUAGAUUGUCA